GGAGCGUCACACACACACACACACACACACAGAUGCAGAAACACACGAAGCCAUGAUCUCUCGCACAAGCACUGUUCAUUCGGUCUUGCUGCUGCUGCUGCCGCUGCCCUUCGCUACCAUCUUCUCUCUCCUGACCCGCGAGAGGACGCCCACAAAGCCAUAGAGCAGGGUGGCGUUGAAGGCCAGCUGCACCACCGUGCCCAUCAUGCCGCUGCACCGAUGGCCUGUGGGUGGAAGGAACCACACACACACACUCAUCAAUCGCAGAGGACAGACAGCCGCACCUGUCUGUCUGUUGGGUCAAUCAGAAGACUUGAUGACCUACCUGUUGUGUGAAGCGUCACAGUCACGGCGGCGCACGCGAAUGACGUGGCGAACUGGACUAUCUGCAGCUGCGUGAUAUACCUAAACACACACACACACACACACACAUUGGUCCAUCCAUUCAGCCAUCCAGCCGUCUACGAGUGUGUGUGUGUGGGUGUAGGCGCCCCCACCGACCGACCGUUUCCACCAUGGGUCGAUUCCGACUGACUUGAGGGCGAAGUAAAGGUACAUGACCACAUGCACCAAGCAAUUGAACACCUGGCCCACAAACUGCAUAAACCGGCACACAACACACAAGUGAGCUGAACCAGACGCACACACACACACACACAGAGGCUCUCUCUCGCUCUGUCUGUGUGUCUGUCUGUGUGUCUGUCUGUCUGUGUGUGUGUGUGUAGUAGUCUGGUUACUUACGAUGAGUGUGCCGACGGUGUCGAUCCACAGCCACACGGCCAAGACGAUGCCAGCGUGGUGAUAGACAUGCAGCAAGUACGACGGGGGACGGCGGCCCUUCAGCAACUGACACACACACACACAGACAGACAAAGGAGAGAAAGGAACAAGACAAGAAUGGCACCAUCUCUCUGUCAGUCACACAUUCGCCACUGAGUGGUCUGUCUCUUUGUGACCACAAACUGAGUGACCUGCAGAAUGGUGUCGAGAAGCUCCCAGUACUUGGACACAUAAUACACAUACCUUCACAUUCACACACACACACAGACACGUGUGUGUGUGUGUGGGCAGGGCAUGCAACACACAGACACAAAGGCCGAACGAAUGGCACUUACACACUUACACCCAGAAAUACAGCGGCCCCCUCGCCGUCGUCCCCUCCACCUCACACACCAGCCACAGCGCACUGCCGUCUGCCGCCACACGCCGCCCCGCCUCACACACGGUGCCCACCAGCAUGAUCAGAGAAAUGACACUCAGCAACGCAUUGUGCACUGCAAUGCAACCAGACAGACAAUCUGCCUCUGUCUGUGUGUGUGUGUGUGUGUGUUGAUGACCACACGCGCAGAGCAUACCAGCCUGAAUGGGGCCAAUGUGGGAAGAAAGUCCGGCGGCGGCUCCCUUGCCGCCGUCGGACCUCCGCUGCACACACAGCGCGUCAAGGGAGAGGACGAGGCCCACAUACACACACACACCAACCUGACACACACACAAGACCGACUCUGCACUGCUGUCUGUCUGUCUGUCUGUGUGCGCAUCUGUCUGUCUGCCUGUGGAUGUGAUGUGGAUGGCGCACCUACCGUCGGUGUGCGGACGUCGCUGAGCGGUGCGUCGCGCCAGUCGAAGGACAAUGGAUCAGACAGCGUCGUCACAAGCGAUGCAGCGGCCUCCAUCUUGCAGCCACGCACCGACACAAAGGCAGACGAUGGGCCUUGCAGUGCCCUGUUGGCGAAGAUCUGCU